UCCGAGCCUUCUAAACGCGAGGGGGUUAAAGCUGCACGCUAUCCUAGACGCACGGCGUCAGUUGAAUCCCUUAAUCUCGAGAAGACUAAGAAGUCUCAACUUGACGAUAUGGAAGAGCCCAAAAUGGGCAGUCGUAUUGGAAGGCGGCCUAACUCACUGUUUUCCUCAGAUUGGUCCGAUACUUACAAGGAUAUGAAGAGCCAGCUGAGUGACGAGAAGAAUAAGCAGAUGGCGGAGAACAAGAACCUUAGGGAUUUAAUUAUGGAGGAUGAUCCCCUACCUCGAACCACCACAAAGACGAACAACUCAUUAAUGUCGCAACAUGAUACUGGUAGAGUCAUGUCAAGUGUCCUCCAGAACAGACUCAAUCAGGACCCUACUUCAUUCCGUGCUCGUAGCGGAAGUUCUCGCGCUAACGACUUCUUCAAUCAAAAGCUCGCCGAAGCGCGUGCCGCGGUCCGUACAGACAAGGAUGUCGAAAUGCAUGGCGCUCGAAGUCCUGACAAAUCCCGAGCUCGCUCUAACCGACCACUGUCUUUUGGUGAUGAGGCAAUUCGUUUCGAUCUCAUGGAGGAUAAGUUUGCCCGAGUUGGUGGUCCUGAGGUCGAGCGCAGUUCCAUGAAUGCAUCUCGAUCAACGUUAUCUGCCGAGCGAAAAGCAGCUGCACAAGCUCGACUCGAUCAGAAGAAGCGAGAGCGACAGAGGAACGGUGGGGAUCGUAGCCGUGAUAAGGAGAACGUUAAGCUCUAGGGUUACUGCUUGCGAUUAUGAUUGAGAUGUUUAAAUGAGGCAGUUUAAGGAUGGGGAUCAUGGCAUUAAUGGACAUAGCAUUGCAUUGAACAGGCGUUGGGCCCUUUUACGUUGCGACUGGCGUUAUUAUCGCCACUGGAAUGGGCAUUCACUAGGAAUAGGGCUGAGAUAGGCGCUUGUGUGGAGUUACUGGUUGCGAUAACCUCUCGUAGGGCUUUUGUACGGACUAAAACUUGCUUGCUGAUAAC